CCGCACAACAACAAGUGCUGAUGUAACGUUUACCGCACGCGAUCGCAGAGUUCGCGAACAAUACCUGCGAAGUACUGGAGUUGCAGUGAUAUGCAGUAGAGCGGCAGCAGGCCAAGCGAGCUGUCGGAGGCUCCUUCCUGCAUGUGUCACUGGCUCUUGCCCUGUACGCUGCCGUCAUCUCUCCAACCUCAGCUCCCAGACCGUCCUGCGACGCCAGCUUCGACACAUGAUAAUUCGCUCGACAACGCUGAGGAGAGCACUGUCAACACUCUCACGACUCAUUGUCCUUGGCUCCGGCUGCUCGCUGCCGCUCUCACCGUUCUUUACUCACGUGCCAGCAGCUGUAACCUUCUGGAAGCAAACGGAAACCCCAUUGUGCGGUGUGCACUCUGCUGUAGACGCAGACAACCGCUAAAUGAAACAAGCGUCGUUCGAGAUACCCGGCCUAGUGUACAGGCAUCCCACGGCCGAGGUGCGUCACUCGUUUUCAAUGGCGAUCAUCUGGCGACCCUGGCUCCCGUAUCAACGAUGCGUUGUGAAAAUGACACAGGAUCAUGGCGAACAUGCUUCGAGAAGGUUUCAUUUCGUUCGAGAAGUACACACUGACCCUCGUAUGGCUUGCAAACGCGAUACCGACCGACAGCCCUACCGGCUUGCGAGUCAGAUUGGCUGUGGCAGCCCAUGAGAGGUGAGGUCUGUGAGUGCUCUUGAACUCUAUCAGGCUGAGAGACGAGGCUGAUCUGGUAC